AUGGCAUUUGAAAGGCAAGAUACUACCGAGGAAUUAGGGCAAGUCCUAACCAGGAUCAAAGAUAUUAUUCAGGCUGGGAAGGUCACUACAGAGGAAAGACAGUCAGCUGGGUGGAAAUACGGUGGCAAGGAGCUGGAAACCGAGCUUGAGCUGUUAAAUGAGAUAUUGCGCAUCAAGUACAAAGUCCUUGAGUCAAAUGUCUUUCAUUUCAUCAAUGGCGCGAAUAUCCAUAAUCCAACGAAACGUCUACUCAUGAUCCCAAUUACCGGAACACCGAGACUGAAAUCCGGCGAAACAUUAACACCGACAAAUUGCUACUAUACUGAAGAGGUUCAGUUGCUGUUCGGUGAGCGCUGGAACAUUAUAUUGGUCCCGUUAGCGGAGAAGGACACACCUUAA